AAACUUGCCACAUUUGAUACAUGGAGUUCUUUGGCAGUGCAUAUAGCCAUGGACAAUACUGUUGUGAUAGAGGAAAUAAGAAGGUUAUGCAAACCCAACUGUCCAUGUCCUGGAGCCUCAGCAUUUCCUUCUGCAGAAUCAGACUUACUUUCCAAUGGUUAUCCAGAUGGGGACGAACCUAUAGACAGUUUAUUGCUUUGGAAACCACUAGUGCUGCUGAUACCUCUUCGCCUGGGGCUGACAGACAUCAAUGAAGCCUAUAUUGAAACACUGAAGCACUGUUUUAUGAUGCCUCAAUCCUUAGGCGUGAUUGGAGGAAAACCCAAUAGUGCUCAUUAUUUCAUUGGAUAUGUUGGUGAAGAACUAAUCUAUCUCGACCCACACACAACUCAGCCUGCAGUGGAUCCCAUAGACAGUUGCCACAUCUCUGAUGAAAGUUUUCAUUGCCAGCAUCCGCCCUGCAGAAUGAGCAUUGCAGAGCUUGAUCCUUCUAUUGCCGUAGGAUUCUUCUGCAACAAAGAAGAAGACUUCAAUGACUGGUGCCAGCAGAUCAAGAAGUUGUCACUGAUUAGAGGAGCCCUUCCCAUGUUUGAGCUAGUAGAACAUCAGCCAUCGCAUUUCUCUAGUCCUGAUGUCUUGAAUCUCACUCCAGAUUCUUCUGAUGCGGACAGAUUGGAAAGAUUCUUUGAUUCAGAGGAUGAAGAUUUUGAAAUCUUAUCACUCUAAAAAAAGAAACUAAUUGCCAAUUUGGGUUGAGGGGGGAGGGGAGCUCCUUGGAGAGCCUAGGGCUACCAGCUUUCAUAGGUGCUUGUUGACAUCCCUGCCUCCCAUCUACCCCAGCAUUCUGUGCAACCUUGGAGCAGAGUGGAUUUUUGCAGUGGGAUCAAGAAACGGGUCGUCAUUAAGGCCUUAAUAGCUUUAGUUAGACUUUCUCAGUGCAAGAAUAUCUACGGGAAAGGGAUGCAAAGUUUCCUAGGAGCUGGAAAUUAUUUUCAUGUUCACAGGAACAGACACAGGCACAAAGGCUUGACUAUAAUAGUAAAAGCCCUUCAGAGUGUUUGGUCCUUUAAGUUCUCUCUAUUAUUAGGGAGUCCUAUUACUUCUGUUCCCCUUUUUAUAGUGUGAAGUGAAAACCAGCAUAACAGCUGUGAGACAGGUAUCUGCAUUAUGUCUCCCUAACCCAGCAGACCAUGUUCUGUGUUAUUUGGGGCUACAAGCUCUCUCAAGAUUGACUGCACCAGAUGUUCCAACUUGUACUUCAGUUUUUUUCCAAUAUAGUGCUUCCAUGUUUUUGGUUUCAAAGUUGCAAUUUAUUUUAAAAAUUCUAAUGUAUGUUCUGUCAUUUAGUAAUCACUGGAGCAUAUCAUACAAAACACAUGUUAAAAUAUGAUCUAAAGAUGACAAGAGAACAUCAGUAUAUAAUAUAUGGAAGACAGGUAUUCACUUGACUCUUCUCAUAAUAUGCAUAAAUGGAAUGGUGUUCACUAGAGCUUGCUUUAUUACACCUAACUUUUAUUUGGACAUUUUUCUAUUUUGUAUUAAAAAUAUGAUGGCUGCUAUUUAAUAAAAUGAGGUGGAAACAUCCAUUAGCUCACUUGAAUUAAAAGUACUUCUGAUUCCUCCUUUUAAUGAAAUCUAGAGACUCCACAUGGACACAAAUCUUGCUUUAGUUACAAACAGCUAUUUUAAAUCAUGGCUAAAUCAUGAUUUUAGGCCAAAGGUGUACUCUCAUUUCCCCCCUUUUGAAAAUACUACACAAGGCUAUGUUUCUACUGUGUGUCUACAUUUGUUUUUCAUUUAUGUUUCAGUUCUUAAUAUAAAGUUCUAAAGAAACUUAAAGCAAAUUCUGUGUCCCUUGAAUGGUUACCUUAACUGGCCAGGAUUUCCAGCCUAUUAUAUUCUAAAAUAGCAGAACAGCUCCUCUGUUUCUAAGAGAUGGGAAUAGCUGGAGAGAACCCCAUCAAUUCCAAGCAUUAGCUCAGUGGAUGUUGCAGUGGCAAAUAUGUUUACAAAGCAUUCUUGCCUGCAUUUAUAAGCAGAACUGUCAAUCUACAGAUGGUACUAUAACCAUCUAUAAAGUAACUGCAUAUAGGAGUAACUCUACUGUGAUAGUAGGUCCAGUUGCCUAUUUAGCUACUAGAAAUCAGAUUUGAACCAUGAUGCUUAUUCGUCAUUGUUAUAGCUUGCUGUGCUUCUCUUCCUUUUGGAAGAAGAGCAUAGUAAGUUGGAUUGUGUUUCAUUCUUCAACUGCUUUCAAUUUGUAUCUGAAUAAAACAAGUUUAA